GCAUUUCUUCCAACGUCGUUCCCAUGUACCUCGGAGAGAUGUCCCCCAAACACCUCCGAGGAGCCAUCGUGAUGCCGCAGCUGUUCAUCACGGUGGGAAUCCUGGCAGCUCAGAUUCUUGGGAUGAGAAUGAUCCUUGGAAGUGCCGAAGGUUGGCCUAUCCUCAUGGGCCUGACGGGGGUCCCUGCUGCGUUACAGCUUAUCCUCCUGCCAUUUUUUCCCGAGAGCCCCAGGUAUCUGCUUAUCCAGAAAGGCGAUGAAGAGGGCGCAAGAACAGCUUUGAGGAAGCUGCGAGGCUCGGAUGACGUGGAAAACGAGAUGGACGAGAUGCGGCAGGAAGACCAAGCGGAGAAAGCUGAGGGACGGAUGUCCAUCUUGACCCUCUUCACUUAUCCAGGCCUUCGCUGGCAGCUCAUCUCCAUCAUCGUCAUGAUGAUGGGGCAGCAGCUGUCUGGGGUCAACGCGGUAUAUUAUUACGCGGACCGUAUCUAUUCGAACGCGGGAAUAGAAGAAAACCAUGUCCAGUAUGUGACGGUGGGAACAGGAGCAGACGUAUUCAUGACUAUUAUUGCGGUAUUUGUCGUGGAGGCGCUGGGACGGAGGAUUUUGCUCCUGGUUGGUUUUGGGAUCUGCUGUGUCGCCUGUACUGUGUUAACUCUUGCGCUAAAUCUCAAGGCGAUCUGGUGGAUGCCGUACCUGAGCAUUGGCUGUGUAAUCAUUUACGUCAUGGGACACGCCAUCGGUGCAAGCCCAAUGCCAAGUGUUAUGAUAAUGGAAAUGUUUCUCCAGUCUUCUCGCCCAGCUGCCUUCAUGGGGGGUUCGGUGCACUGGCUGUCGAAUUUCACCGUGGGGCUGGUUUUCAGCUACUUGGAGCAAGGGCUGGGCCCCUACUGUUUCCUAAUUUUUGCUGCCAUCUGCUUGGCUACCACGAUCUACGUCUUCCUCAUUGUCCCCGAAACCAAGAACAAAACCUUCAUGGAGAUCAACCAGAUCAUGGCCAAGAGGAACGGUACCGAAGAUCCGGCCGAGAAAGAUGAAUUGAAGGAUUUCACCGCCGUCUCCGUGCCGUACAGCAAGAAAAUGGAUGGGGAGAAAAGCAGCGCGUUGUAAGGUCUUUUGGCAACCACCGCAAAAUUUCCCCGUGUAAAUAAACCCACCGAACUCUCUUGCCUUAAACCUCGCACGGUUUGCAACGCGCCCGGCGUCUCUUCGCCUCGCUGUUGGACAAGGGGCACCCUCAAAAACUUAAAAGUUACAUUUCGAGGAGAAAUGGAGUGACCAGGCGUUGCCAUUUUAUUUUUCCAGCCGUUGCCUUCCAAGGCGGAACUAGCGAGAUUUUGAUGGAAUAAUGUUUUGGAAGAAAUCCGGCUAAUAUUGCUGCAUGCUUGAAAAAAGUGCAUUUCCCGUCGGGUGGACUCUGAAAA